GUCGUCGCGAUCCCCGAAGGUCUCCCGCUCGCUGUGACGAUUGCGCUCGCCUUUUCCGUCAAGAAGAUGCUCUUGGACAACAACCUCGUGCGCCACCUCGACGCGUGCGAAACCAUGGGCUCAGCGACCACGAUCUGCUCGGACAAGACGGGCACGCUCACGACCAACCGCAUGACGGUCGUCGAAAGCUACGUCGGCAACACGGAGUUCUCGUCGGCGGCCGACCUCCGCGCCGCCUUGUCGCCGGUCGCCAUGGCGGCCCUCUGCGAUGGCAUCUGCCUCAACUCGACGGCCGAGAUCCUUCCGCCGCUCAAGGCCGGUGGCAAGCCCGAGCACACGGGCAACAAGACCGAGUGUGCGCUCCUCCAGCUCGCCACCGACAUGGGCGUGGUCUACGCCGACGUGCGCAAGGCCGGCGAUGUCGGUCACAUGCUCACGUUUAGCAGCACGAAGAAGCGCAUGACGGUGGUCGUCCGCACCUCGGCGACGACGUGCCGCGUCUUCACCAAGGGUGCGAGCGAGAUUGUCUUGGACCUCUGCCAGUCGCAGCUGCAGCUCGACGGGUCGGUGUCGCCGCUCAACGAGGCGCAGAAGAACCACAUCCACAGCAACGCGAUCGAAACGUAUGCGAACCAGGCCUACCGCACGCUCUGCUUGGCCUACCGUGACAUUGACGCGUCGAUGGAAGUCAUCAAGACGUGGGCCGACGAAGACCUCGAGCGCGACCUCACGUGCGUGGCCAUUGUCGGCAUCGAAGACCCAGUCCGCGACGAAGUGCCCGGUGCGAUCCGCCAGUGCAACAAGGCUGGUAUCGUCGUGCGCAUGGUGACGGGCGACAACAUGGCCACCGCCAAGUCGAUCGCGCUCAAGUGCGGUAUCCUCUCGCCCAACGACGGGUCGCUCGUCAUGGAAGGCGCCGAGUUUCGUCGCCGCGUCUUGGACUCGAACGGCAACAUCAUCCAGAGCGAGUUUGACAAGAUUUGGCCCAUGCUCCGCGUGCUCGCACGGUCGAGCCCAAAGGACAAGUACACGCUCGUGUCGGGUCUGAUCGCCUCCAACUUGUACCCACAUGGCCCGCAGGUCGUGGCGGUGACGGGCGACGGCACCAACGAUGCGCCGGCGCUCAAGAAGGCGGACGUUGGUUUUGCGAUGGGCAUUUGCGGUACGGCGGUCGCCAAGGACGCGUCCGACAUCAUCUUGAUGGACGACAACUUCAAGUCGAUUGUGAACGCGGUCAAGUGGGGCCGCAACGUGUACGACUCGAUCGCAAAGUUUCUCCAGUUUCAACUGACCGUCAACUUGGUCGCGAUCACAGUCGCGAUCGUCGGUGCAAUCGUGCUCGAAGAGUCGCCGCUCUCGGCCAUCCAGCUGCUGUGGGUCAACCUCAUCAUGGACACGUUUGCAUCGCUCGCGCUCGCGACCGACUCGCCGACCGAUGCGCUCCUCGAGCGCAAGCCGUACCCGCGCACCAAGGCACUCAUCUCGCGCAAGAUGUUCAAGCACAUUGUCGGCCAGGGCAUCUUCCAGCUCAUUGUCAUUCUCUUGCUCACGUUUGUGCCGUCGCUCAUCAACGUCAAGGCGGGCUACAAGGACGAGCGCGACGGCAACAACCCGACCGAGCACUACACGAUGAUCUUCAACACGUUUGUGUUCCUCCAGCUCUUCAACGAGAUCAACGCCCGCCGCAUCCACGACGAGCUCAACGUCUUUGACGGCUUCUUCCAGAACCAGCUCUACAUUGGCAUCCAGAUCUUCCAGAUCACGCUGCAGGCGGUCAUGGUCCAGUUUGGCGGCCUCGCGCUCAAGUGCGCGCCGCUCUCGGGCUCGCAGUGGGCGAUCUGCAUUGGCAUUGGCGCGCUCUCGCUCCCGGUCGGCCUCUCGCUCCGCUGUGUGCACGCCGACCACUUUCCGCAGUUCUUCACCUCGUGCAACGAAGUCGAGACGGUCCACGAGCCGUCGGCGCGCGGCAAGGAGCUCUGGAUGCGCACCUUUGCCCGCCUCCGCACGCAGAUCCGCGUGAUCAAGGCUUUCAGGAGCUCGGGCGCCCAGCGUCGCCUCCUCACGGAAAAAGGCCAUCGAAACACAAUCUAAUCUUAUGUACACUUUUGCUUGAUAA